AAAAAUUUUUCAUUUUAAAACAUCGAUAAAUCAACCAAAACGAUCGAUAACGAUUUUUUUCAAUCAAUAUUUUUUCAUUUGAACAACAACAACAAUAAACAAAAAAACGAUAAAAUGGCCAACGCAAAAUCUGGUGUUCAUGUUAUGCAAUUAAAACCAAUAUCGAUACCAAAAAGUUUAAUCGAUGGUUGUAAAUUUAUAAAAUGGGAUGAAGAUACAGCCAUUGGUGUUCCAGUUGUUUUAAAAGUUGAUCGAAAAGGUUUUUUCCUUUAUUGGACCGAUCAAAAUGGUGAAACUGAAUUAUUAGAAAUAUCCAGUAUUCGUGAUACAAGAACAGGAAAAUAUGCUAAAACACCGAAAAAUGAUGGAAAACUUAAAGAAUCAAUAAAUAUUGGACCACAAGAUAUUCAAUUAGAAGAUAAAACAUUAACAAUUGUUUAUGGAACAGAUUUUGUUAAUGUAAAUUUUAUUAAUUUUUGUACCUAUUCAAAGGAAAUAGCUCAAGAAUGGACAAAUGAAAUAUUAAAAAUUUCAUACAAUUUAUUAGCCAUAAAUGCAUCUGUUUAUACAUUUUUGGAAAAAGCUCAUACAAAAUUAUUUUUAAUGUCUGAUCGUGAUCGAAAAUUACCUGUAAAAAAUAUAAUGAAAAUGUUUGCCAAUCAUAAAGAUGAUCGAAAAAAAAUUGAAAAAGCAUUGGAAUCUUGUUCAUUAUCAUCAACAAAAAAUGAUACAAUUCCAUUGGAUAAAUUUGAUAUGAAUACAUUUUUUAAUUUUUAUAAAUAUUUAAUCGGUAGAAAUGAAGUGUUGGAAAUAUUUGAAAAAAUAUGUGGUAAUCAUAUGUAUAAUAACAAAAAAGUUAUGACUGUUGAACAAUUUGUACAAUUUUUAAAUAAAGAACAGCGUGAUCCACGUUUGAAUGAAAUCCUAUAUCCAUAUGCAAAUCUUUCAAGAGGUAUGGAUUUGAUUGAACAACAUGAAUCGGAUCAGGAAAUUUCACAAAAAGGUUUCCUUUCAUUCGAUGGUUUUCUUCGCUAUUUAAUGAGUGAUGAUAAUGCUAUUAUACCGUCCGAAAAAUUUGAUUUAAAUAGCGAUAUGGAUCAACCAUUAAGUCAUUAUUUUAUUAAUUCAAGUCAUAAUACUUAUUUGACUGGUCAUCAACUGACAGGUAGAUCAUCAGUAGAAAUAUAUCGACAAUGUUUAUUAGGUGGUUGUCGUUGUAUUGAAUUGGAUUGUUGGAAUGGUCGUUCGGAUGAUGAACCAAUCAUCACACAUGGUUAUACUGUUGUAACGGAUGUACCAUUAAAAGAAGUUCUUGAAGCAAUAGCUGAAAGUGCAUUCAAAACAUCACAUUAUCCAGUAAUACUUUCAUUUGAAAAUCAUUGCUCAAAUAAACAACAAUUAACAAAAAUGGCUAAAUAUUGUCGACAAAUAUUUGGUGAUAUGUUACUUACUGAACCAUUACCAAGUCAUCCACUUAAACCAGGCAUACCAUUACCAUCACCAAAUUUAUUGAUGAAAAAAAUUAUUAUCAAAGAUAAAAAAGAACAUAAACAUAGUCGUCGUAAAAGUAAAAAUAUUGAAUCAACAACAACAACAACAACAAAUCAUAAUCAUAGUCAAGAAUCAAACAUUCCAAUUAUACAAUCAGCUACAACUUCAUUCGAUGAAGUCCGUCCAGAAAAUAUUAUUGCUGUAUCGAAUAAACAACAACAACAACAAUCGACUAGCCAACAACAACAACUAAAAGCAACAACAACAACAACAAAUAUUGAUCUCGAAACAACAACAAAUGUUGUUAAUGAAAAUCAUCAUCAACAUCAUCAUCAUUCCAAUGAUUUAAAUUCAACCAAUCAACUAGAUUUGACAAAUACAAAAAAUUUUAGCUGUGAUAUUAUUGAUGAUCCUGAAAGUGGUGGUGAUACUGAUUCAGAUGAUGAUGAUGUUUUAAUGAAUGAAGAACAAUCAAUUUCAGCUGAUCUUCCUGUACAGGCAAAAGAAGAAUUAUCAACAUCAGAUUCACCAUAUACUUAUCGUUCAGAAAUGUCUGAAUUAGUUAUCUAUGUUCAACCAAUACAAUUUCGUGCAUUUGAUAUGGCUGAAAAACGAAACAGAAGCUUUGAAGUAUCAUCAUUCGAUGAAACACAAAGUACAAGUUUAUUAAAAGAACAACCAGUCGAUUUUGUCAACUAUAAUAAACGACAACUAAGUCGAAUUUAUCCCAGAGGAACAAGAGUAAAUUCAAGUAAUUUUUUACCUCAAGUUUUUUGGAAUAGUGGCUGUCAAAUGGUUGCAUUGAAUUUUCAAACUUUAGAUCUGGGAAUGCAAUUAAAUUUAGGCAUUUUUGAAUAUAAUGGCCGUAAUGGUUAUCUAUUGAAACCGGAUUUUAUGCGUAGACAAGAUCGAAGAUUUGAUCCAUUUACCGAAUCUACUGUGGAUGGUAUUAUUGCUGGAACUGUUUCGAUAAAAAUUAUUUCGGGUCAAUUUUUAUCGGAUAAACGUGUUGGAACUUAUGUUGAAGUUGAUAUGUAUGGUUUACCUGCUGAUACCGUCCGGCGAAAACGUACAAAAAUCGUUCCGAAUAAUGCGCUGAAUCCGAUUUAUGAUGAAGAACCAUUUGUAUUUAAAAAAGUAGUAUUACCGGAUUUAGCUUGUUUAAGAAUUGCUGCAUUUGAAGAGAAUGGAAAAUUUUUAGGUACAAGAAUUUUACCAUUUGUCGGAUUAAGACCGGGUUAUCGUCAUAUUUCACUGCGUAGUGAAUCAAUGCAACCAUUGUCAUUACCAACAUUGUUCGUACAUAUAACUGUUAAAGAUUAUAUACCAGAAGGUUUUUCCGAUUUAGCUGAUGCAUUGGCUAAUCCUAUUGCUUAUCAAUCAAUGGUUGAAAAACAUGAAAAACAAUUAUUAGCAUUGAUUGAUGAAGGUGAUGAUGUUUCAGCUGCUGCUCAAGCUGAUUAUCAAACAUCAAAUAAACCAAAUUUAUCUUAUUCCGAUUCAAGAUCAAUAAGUGGUGAAGAAAUUAUAACACGUAGUCAUCAUCAUAUUGGUAUGAUUAAUAGGCAAUUAUCACAAGCAGAAAUAUCAUUACAUUCAACAACAUUAAUGAUGAAAAAUGAUCAAUUGAAUAAAAUGAUUGAAUUGAAUGGUGGUACAAAACAACAACAACAACAACAACAAUCAUCAACAAUGACAACAAUGUCAAUGACAAUGACAACAGCAACAAAAGUAGUUUGUUCACCAACACAUAAAAUGUCAUUAAUCCGUCAGGAUACAUUGAAUCGUAAAAUGAAAUUUCAUGAUGAUUUAAAUAUGGAAAAAUUAAGUUCAUCAUUAGAAUCAACGAAUGCCUGUUUGGAUGCCGAAUCAAUUGAAACAUUAAAAAAAUCAAAAAAUAUACAGAAAAUUUUCGGAAAAAUUGAUCGUGAUUUACAAACAUUACAGAAAAAAUAUGAAAAAUUAAGAGAAAAAAUGAAGGAAAAUUUUUUACAAGAAAAAGAUGAAAAAUUUCAACAAACAAAUAAUUCGGAUAAAAGUAAAAAGUUUGAAUUGAAUAAUAUAUCGAAAAGUGUUAAAAAAAUUGGGUAA